GGACAGAGGGACUUCCCUGUGCCACACUGUUAACACGGUUUGAAUUCUGAAGAGUGCAUACAGGUCCUGAUUGACCUGUGCUACCCUUCCUCUGGCUAAAGAGGGCGCUGUAGCCACCAAAGUCUUGUUUACAAAUCAAGCGUCUCAGUAAGCCUGCGUGGUUACGCCCUCACGACCGACAUGCGCAAUAGCGAGACGCCGGAGCGCUGCGUGGGUUUCUUCCGAGUCUCUUCCGGUCUAGGAUCUUAUCCUGGGACUGAGGGUGCCGGCGUGGCGCUUUUGGCCGGCUUGGCGUUCUGUGGGCGGCUUCUUGGGACCCACAUGAGCCAAUGGCAUCAUCCCCGCAGUGGCUGGGGUCGGGGACGCGACUUUCCGGGACGCUCCUCGUCCAAGAAGAAGGGCGGAAACCACAUCCCCGAAAGGUGGAAAGACUAUCUCCCAAUUGGCCAGCGGAUGCCUGGGACUCGUUUCAUAGCUUUCAAAGUUCCUUUGCAAAAGAGUUUUGAAAAGAAACUUGAUCCAGAAGAAUGUUUUUCCCCUUUGGAUCUUUUUAACAAAGUACGAGAACAAAAUGAAGAACUUGGACUGAUUAUUGAUUUAACAUGUACUCAACGCUAUUAUAAACCAGAGGAUUUGCCAGAAACUAUUCCUUACUUAAAAAUUUUUACAGUUGGGCAUCAAGUGCCUGAUGAUGAGACUAUUUUUAAAUUCAAACAUGCUGUUAAUGCAUUUUUGAAAGAAAAUAAAGAUAACGACAAACUUAUAGGUGUCCACUGUACCCAUGGGUUAAACAGGACUGGCUACCUCAUUUGCAGAUAUUUGAUUGAUGUAGAAGGCAUGAGGCCAGAUGAUGCAAUUGAAUUAUUCAAUAGGUGCCGGGGACAUUGCUUAGAAAGAAAAAACUACAUUGACGACCUUCAGAAUGGUCCUAUCAGAAAGAAUUGGAAUUCCAGUGUACCCAGGUCAAGUGGUUUUGAAGACUCAGCACAUUUCAUGCAACCAGCCCACACCAUGAAUAAGCCUGUUAAACAAAGACCUAGGUGUAAUCUACAUGGGAUCCAGGUUCACUCAACUCCUCGGCAUUUCCACACCCAGACCCCAAAUUUGCAACAAUCGGUCAGAAAAUUUUCACAGAAUCCAGAUCUUUACCAGAGAGGCCAUAUCCCUCCUCCUGGUCCCCCUGGAGAAGAUUAUUCACACAGGAGGUACACUUGGAAUGUGAAGCCAAAUGCCAGUCGAGCAGCCCAGGAAAGAAGAAGGUGGUAUCCUGACAAUUACUCCGGACUAUCCUAGUCCAGCGUAUUGGGAAUGGACCCAGUGAUACAAACCUGUCCUGGAAUUCCACCCGGAGACCAGAGCUGGCCUGAAGGUUACUGGUGGGACUUUUAAUUAGAUCAGGUCUAAUGAGGUUUCUUUAUUGUUCCCUUAUGUGUUCAAGCUUAAGGAAAAAUAUUGCUGUUUACCUCUUCGCUGAUAAAUUUGCAGUAAUUACAGCAUUGCAGGAAAAAAAAUCUGUUAUUCCAGUCUUAAAUUUUACAGCAUUGCAGGAAAAAAAUCUGUUAUUCCAGUCUUAAAUUUUUCUAAAUGAAGAGAGUAUUUUAGAACUGAAGCAUUAAGAAUUUCUCUUGCAAAUUAUUUUUAAAAAAUUCUAUCUCAUUUUCCUAUGUAUUUCUUUCUGACUAGACUUGUGAUAUGUGUGUGUUUAUGAACAGAAAUUUUUAUUGUUUUUGUUAUGUUCUGUUGACCCAAAGGACAUCUUUAUUUUCUAUAACUGUUCAAAAUUUCUAUUAAAAUCUACCUGGGAGAUAAUUUCUUUAGAACCUAGU